AUGCGGGAAGCCGCCCCGUGCGAACAGCCGGGGUUGCAGCCCCGGCUCUGCCAGGUUGCAGCAGACGGCGGCAGAGUCUUGCUGGGGGGAUCGUGGGUGGCUGCCGCCGGCAGCGCCGCAAGCAUGGCCCCCUCGGGGGGAAGCAACCGGCACCCCCGAAAUCUGAUUCGAUACAUCCGUAUGGGGUCUGCUGUGCGGGGUGGCACGGGGCGGUGCGGGGCUGGCAAAGGUGAUGCAGCUCCUGGCUGUGAAGGGAAUAAAAUCUUGGCCCAAAGACCAAAAAGUCAGGGGAGUGAUCCAGUGUCUGGAGGACUAAAUUCAAAGUUAGAUGCCAUUGCUCGAGGUCUUGUCCAGCUUACUGGUCAGUACAGGAACAUCUUCAGUGUGCAGUUUGGAAGUCUGACUUUUGUGGUAGUCAACGGGUACCAGAUGGUGAGAGAAGCUCUUGUCCACCAGGCUGAAAUAUUUACAGAUCGGCCAAAUAGUCCACUCCUCUAAGAAAUAUUUAGAGGCUUUGGGCUCAUAUCAUCAAAUGGGCAUAUAUGGAGGCAACAGAGAAAAUUUGCUUCAGCAACACUAAAAAGCAUUGCUGUAAGUUUUGAGGACAAAGUGCAAGAGGAGAGCCGGUACCUUGUGGAGAUGAUUGAGGAGGAGAAAGGACAACCAUUUGACCCUCAUUAUAAAAUUAAUAGUGCUGUUUCGAACAUCAUCUGUUCCAUAACUUUUGGGAACCGGUUCGACUACCAUGACAACCGUUUCCAGGAAUUACUGCACUUGCUGGCUGAAACACUGCUGCUAAUCAGAAGUUUCUGGGGCCAGCUGUAUAAUGCUUUUCCUUUGUUCAUGAGAUGGCUACCAGGACCCUUUAGGAAAAUCUUCAGGCACUGGGAGAAACUUCAAUAUUUUGUGAAGGAAGUGAUCGCAAAGCACAAGGAGGAUUUGGACCAGUCCGAGGCAGGAGAUUAUAUUGACUGUUACCUGAAGGAAAUAGAAAAGGGUGCCACCGGCUCAUAUUUCCAUAAGGAAAACCUGCUGUGCUCCACCCUGGACCUCUUCUUAACCGGGACUGAGACAACAGCAACCGCCAUCCGCUGGGCUCUGCUCUACAUGGCCACGUACCCCCACAUUCAGGAGAAAGUGCAACUCAAAAUCGACACGGUGAUUGGCCAGUUCUGCCAGCCUGCCAUGGCCGACAAAGAGAACAUGCCAUACACCAGCACGGUGCUGAGUGAGGUCCUGCAGAUGGGCAACAUUGUGCCACUGGGGGUGCCCAGGAUGUCCACCAGCGACACCACCCUGGCUGGCUUCCACCUGCCCAAGUACGGCACCACCCUGAUGACCAGCCUGACUUCGAUAAUGUUCGACAAAAAUGUGUGGGAGACUCCAGACACCUUUAAUCCUGAACAUUUCCUGGAAAACAGCCAGUAUAGGAGGCGGGAGGCUUUCCCGCUUUUCUCUGCAGGCAAGCGGGCUUGUCCCAGGGAGCAGCUCGCCAGGACUGAGCUCUUCAUCUUCUUUGCAGCCCUCCUGCAGAAGUUCACCUUCCGGGCACCGGCGGCCGCUGCGUUAACCUUCGCCUUCAUGCUCAGCCUCACGUGCUGCCCCAAGCCCUUCCAGAUCCGCGUGCUGCCUCGUGACUGA